UCUAGACAGAUGGUGCUCAGUGUGUGGAACAGAAGCUGAGACGAGGUAAAGAGGGACAGACUCCUUCUCCGUCAUGGGAUGCUGCAGUGUGACCCAGAGGCAUACUGGAGUGGACGAGGUGGGCCCUGAUGAGAUUGAGCUCCUGGAACUCUCUGGAGACAAUUUAGGUGUGUGGAGCCUGGGAGAAACCAGACUUCAGCUGUCUGUGAGGAACAGCAGAGACGAGCAGCCCCAGCCACCACGCAGACCUUCAAUACCACACCUGGAACAAGAGGUGGUGCUGUGGGGAAAGAGCAGAGAUGAGCUCCACCAAAGGAUAUACUCCCAACAGCCAAUCAGGGACUGGGAGGGCCAAGCUGCCCACAUGUAUGGAGAGAUCAUCCACUCCUCACUGGUGUCUCUCUACAUCAGCUACACACAGGAAACCCGAGAACACUUCCUGGUUUUGUUCUCUUUCCACCUACUCAUCCUUUCUCUGGACCACUCUCGGCAAGACUUUGUUUAUGAGGGCAUUCUUCCCCUUUCUGGACUUUCCUUCCAAGUUGUCUCUCUGGACUUGGAUGCGUCACAUUCGCCACACAUGUUUGAAAUCAGCAGUCCAGUGAUGGACUCCAAGGUGUUCACGUGUGCCAGCCCGGCAGACCUACAGAAAUGGAUGCAGCACGCAGAAGACAGGAGAUACAAGGCCAUGAUGCAACCCAUGAGUCCCUCCCACUGCGCUCUCUCCUAUCUAUUACCGUGUGAUGAGAACUGGAAAAGAGAAGAACUGAAAAAAUACUUACUACAAGCUCCAAUAUGGCAAUGGGAGGGCUCGCCCAUACAGCACAUGGGUCAGCCGAGCUACGUAUCUAUUGUCCACAUCAUCAACACACAGAGACAGGGUCUCCAAGAAAGACUGAUGGUUCUCUUCCCUCAAGACAUCGUGCUUCUAUCUGUUGACAACAAGCGCCUGACUAUAAGAUAUGAGGGCAGGUUGCCCCGACAAAGCGUCAAAGCAGUUGAGAGGGCAGCCUUGCCUGGACGGCUGGAGUUUGAACUGAUAGGUGAACUGGUGGAGCCGCUGCAGGUCUCUUGUACCUGCAUGGAGGAUUAUCAGAACUGGAUUUUUCAGUUACAACAGCCAGACAGAAGCAACCACGUUACUGUGAGUCAACCGCCACCUCCGAUAAUGCCAAAGCUGCAGAGGAACAGGAAGGAGUCCCAGGAACCAAUGCUAGCAGCCGACCCAUAUCACAUCAACGGACGCGGCUGAUUCCUCAGACGGGAGGAAGAGCCUCAAACGUCACUGUAAUCAUGAAUUUGAAACAUGUAGAUAAUUUGUACAUAUGUCUGAUAUGUGCCACAACAUGGAGGCAGAGCAGUGAAGACUUCUCGUUCUAAUCUUUGAUAUAUUUGGUUGAUUUUGUCACUGUGAACGAACAGAACACAGCACUUAAAGCCGUUAUUCAUGUUGGAGCGUAAACUAGUCCUUGACCCAGUUUAAGAGCAGAUCAGAGCUGAAGAAAUGUUAGAUGUAGAAACUGUAGAGUCUCAAAAAUAGCUUAAACUUAGGGGUGAAUAAACUGUAAAUACC